AACCUACAUCGGCUGAAAGCAUCCUUUGUCCCCUUGCGAUGAGACAGCCAAGCCACGUAUAAUAGUAAUUCGCAAUGCAUAAACUACUAACCUAACCCCAAGAAUCUCAACCCGUAUCUGAGGCAGCCGAAUCCGGAUAAAGCUGAAGCUAAGUACGAAGACAUUGUUCGUAUCAUGUCUACCACCACUCAAAGGCUGUCAAAGCAUCAAAUUGAGCACUCCAACAAUCAUGCAACAGGGGUUUUAUUCUGCUUCAGAGACACAAGUGAGUUGGAAGAGGGAGGUGCGAACACAUGCAUUGAUUAGGUCCAGAAGUCUUUCUCACCACAAUGGAUUUCUAUACAAAUCGAUAGCUGUCAAAGUGAUACUUCCCUUCUGGCAAAGGGAAUUCAAAGCACUUACUCUCAAAGAACUAUGUUAUGGCAAGCUGCCUUUUCAUUGCUGUUUUCAUUGUCUGUUUCUUUAUCCUUUCUUAAGCCUCAUCAAGAAUGGCUCCCAUUACUAUUCAACCCUCAUCCGUUUUAUUUUGGAAAAUUAUUUUCAAAAGGUAAUCAUCACUCUCAGUGUAGUGCUGUUGCUUCUUGAAUUAUCAUAGGACACGCCGACGAAGACACGCCGACGAAUAUCAUUGUUAAGAUGGCUACCGAGGGAGUACCAGAUGCUUACGACAACAUGGAGGGCUACAUCGGGCCUACAGAAUGGUCCAAGCCUUAUUUUUCUAACCACCUUCAUGAAAAUCCCGAGACGAAUACCAAAAUGCUUGGACACCUCAACUGUGGCUACCUGUCAACCCCUGGUCGUCCACCAACUCUGGAGGCCCUGAAGCAGCACGCCCAGUCUCUGACUUACUUGAUAUCAACUCUUGCACCAAGUACAAGUUCGGGCGAAAUUGAUAACGAAAAUAACCAAUCUGCCCAGGAAUCCGGCUGGGCAAGGGAAUUUAACCAAGACGAGGCCUUCGAUUGGUUAAACAACCUACAAGUUCCUUAUGACAACAUUGACAAGGGCCACAGAAGACCACUCAACAGUCUGGUGAAUCUAAUAAAAUCGAACAGCGAUGAGGCUGGUGUGGAAUUCCAUUGCCCUAUGACGGAGUUCCCCUUACACCUGGUGAAGGAUAAUCUGGACAUGCGAAUGCGCCCGUAUCAGAACCACUUCACGAUGCUCAUGCACGCUAACGAGUGCCUGGAGAGGCUCGACCAUGAAUGCUCUGCUAUGGGUGGGCUGCUUUCCAUUAUUCCCACCGAUGAAGAGUUUACGGUUGAGCACCCAGAACUGGAGAAGGCAAAAAAGACAUUGGUUGGGCAGUGGCUUCUAUACACGCAGCAUCUUGUGAGUCGCAUGCAUGAACUUGAGAUCGCGUACGGCAACUGCUUGGACCUCCUGGCCAACGAGGCUAUCGUUCCAGCGCAACAUACGAGCGCACAUGGACCUGACGGGCGGUCUGGAAGGGAAAUUGUGUUCCCGCAAGAUCGCUGGAUAUUAGCCAAUGCCGGCGAAGAUGUCUUCUCCUUCAUUCACCAAAUGCUCGACAAGAAAGAAGCGUGGCUCAACAAUACCGACAGUGCGUUUUUGAAGCAACAGGUAGUCGGGGAUACACUGCGAGACUUUGACAGAGAAUACGAAAAGGGCAAUCUUCGAGGUAUCGCGCACGUCGAUCUGAACACUCGGUUUUACCGGAUCAAAAAUAGUGGUCAUGGCCCUAUCUUCGUCCUCCCAGCAUUCUCGGACCGUCCUGAUACGGCGUACACUAAAGCGAUGGAGGAGCGACCGACAGUUAUCUCCUUGCCAACACCCAGACUCGGAACCCACACCACGGCUUGGGAUCAAAAGGGUAAAGAUCUAGAUGACACGGUUUUGCAUCAGUCGAUCGAGAAUGGGAAACUCAAGAGCGACCUCUUCAACCUCCGAAACUCAAGCGAGUUUAACCAGCGCGAGCUAGAAAGGUUACGACAUCUCAACGCUGUAUAUGAAGCUAACCAGGGCAGCGACGCGGCACAGAUUGCACAGAGGAUAGCUAAGGCGGAGCAGGACAAGAAGACUGCGGAUCGGCAGUACGAAACUUGCGCGGCGGAGCGCAACAAGCUACGUCGGGAACUGGAAGUAUUCAAGAGGCAGAAUCAAACAAAUCAGGCCAGACCUCCUCCAGAAGUCAAGCAGGAUAAUGGUAAUUAUACCAUGCCGGGAGCUUUGUUUGACAAGUACGAGAAUCGGUCCUUGGCGGUCGAUGCUGCCAAAGUGCAGAUUGAGAGGGUCAGAAAUCAACUCGAGUCGCUAGCCUCGCAGGGACAUAUCGACCGAGCUGACUUCGGCUGGCUGGAGACUAUUGCCAACUGCGACUAAUUUGGAUAGAUGUAUUGUACAGGGGGGAUGAAGAAGAAUGGAUUGUUGGGGGUUGGGGGUUGGGAGUUGGAAGUCGAUGUUUAGUCUCUGUAUGUCUACAUGUAUUUGACUUUGGCAUCGUUGAUAAGUAAGAGAUGAGAUGUGUAGUUAUGUUUCGAGUUUACUAUGUAUGUAGGUAGCAUCAAUAAUUCUAGCGUGGUGAUACUUGUGUAAAGGCGUGCACAUGUGUGUGAUAGGUGUUUUAUAUUACGAUUUAGUUAAUAUACCGAAGUUGUGAG